GUUUGGAUGAGGGGAGGGUGUGGUAAGCAGGGAUGGGAGCUACAUAAGAACAUCACAAGCCUGCAAGUAGCACACCAUCACCAAGUGGCUAAAUCCCCCCCGGCCAGCACUGUCAGGUGAUUGUCUCCUGUUGGAGUAAGGAAGGAAAUCGAGUUGAAAAUGUGUGACGACGAAGAAAGCACCGCCCUCGUGUGUGAUAAUGGAUCAGGUCUGUGUAAGGCAGGCUUCGCCGGGGAUGAUGCUCCCAGAGCAGUAUUCCCGUCCAUAGUGGGUCGUCCCAGACACCAGGGAGUGAUGGUGGGAAUGGGACAGAAAGACAGUUAUGUCGGUGACGAGGCACAAAGCAAAAGGGGUAUCCUAACCCUCAAGUACCCCAUAGAGCAUGGCAUCAUCACAAACUGGGACGACAUGGAAAAGAUCUGGCAUCAUUCUUUCUACAAUGAGCUUCGGGUGGCUCCAGAGGAGCAUCCAACAUUGCUGACAGAGGCCCCGCUUAACCCAAAGGCCAACAGGGAGAAGAUGACCCAGAUCAUGUUCGAGACCUUCAAUGUUCCAGCCAUGUAUGUAGCUAUCCAAGCAGUGCUGUCCCUCUACGCUUCUGGCCGCACAACAGGCAUUGUUCUGGACUCUGGUGAUGGUGUCACACACAAUGUGCCCAUUUACGAGGGCUACGCUCUACCCCACGCCAUCAUGCGUUUGGACUUGGCCGGCCGUGAUCUCACUGACUACCUCAUGAAGAUCCUAACUGAGCGAGGCUACUCAUUCGUCACCACUGCUGAAAGAGAAAUUGUCCGUGAUAUCAAAGAAAAGUUGUGCUACGUCGCACUGGACUUUGAGAACGAGAUGGCCACAGCUGCCACUUCAUCUUCCCUGGAGAAGAGCUAUGAGCUUCCAGAUGGUCAGGUCAUCACCAUCGGCAACGAGCGAUUCCGCUGCCCAGAGACCCUCUUCCAGCCGUCCUUCAUCGGAAUGGAGUCUGCCGGUAUCCACGAAACCACCUACAACAGCAUCAUGAAAUGCGACAUUGACAUCCGUAAAGACCUUUACGCCAACAAUGUGCUGUCUGGUGGGACCACCAUGUACCCUGGUAUUGCAGACAGAAUGCAAAAGGAGAUCACUGCCUUGGCCCCCAGCACCAUGAAGAUCAAGAUCAUUGCCCCACCCGAACGCAAGUACUCGGUAUGGAUCGGUGGCUCCAUCCUGGCAUCCCUUUCCACUUUCCAGCAGAUGUGGAUAAGCAAGCAAGAGUAUGACGAGGCCGGGCCAUCCAUCGUGCAUCGCAAGUGCUUCUAAACAGCACCUCCAACCCCCCUCUGGUCCCCCCUAAAUCUGCUAUUGCUUCAUAGCCUGUAAACUGUGAACGUACCCUUUACUUCCCUCUAUUGUUUUGUCUUUGCACUGCCCACAUCUGUUUGAAUGUUUUGAUUUUAUCUUGUCCAUAAGAUAAAGUGUUAUUUUCAAUGCGUCAGAAGGCUCAGUGUGCUGCCAGUAUGAACGAUUUGGGAUUCCCGGAAUAGCAAGACUCCAGAGAUGAGGACACGGAAGGUGUUUUAAGGUGGAGGAACAGAGCUUGUUUGACCUUAUGUGUUAAAAUAUUGAGGUAACACGACUGUAUGUGUUCUUACACUGCUGUGGGCUUUAAGGCAGUAUGGAUGUCAUAUCAUUUGAUAAUGCCAUGAAGGAAUAAAGCUCUGCUAUAAUAAA